CAAUUUUGUGCUAGUAUAAUUUUUUGUAAUUGUACUUUGGAUCUCAAAAAAGAGAUGGUACACCUGGCGACGUCUAUUGUUUUCGUAUAUCUUUACGCUCUGAGUCUCAAUGCAGAAUGUGCUUACGCCCUUAAUUCAAGUGUGUACCAAGGCUCGACCUCUGUUUUAACGCAAGAGAAUGUGACUUCAUCUGACCUUGAUUUGUCAAUGCAACGAGUGAAUUGUGUUAACGCAAGCACGGGAGAAAACUGCACUGAUAAGGGUAAUGUCAAUGUAACCAAGAACAAUGGACAGUCGGAUGCUAUCGGUUCGAGUGACAUGCAGCAACUGGAACAGCUCCCCAUAACCACUGGAAAUAAUAUGACUCAGGACUUGGUCGCAAAUGACACUCCGAUUUGUAUAAAUUCUUCCGAAAUACGAUUUUCAAAGAUCUAUCAGGAUUCGAGCUCUGUUUUGCUGGAAAUAAAUGCGGUGUGUUCUAAACUUGACUUGUCAAAGCAAAGUGUGAAGUGCUUUAAAGUGAACACCGGAGAAAACUGCAUCGACAAGACUGAAAUUUAUGCCAAUAGUGGACAGUCGGCUAUUAUCCUUUUGAGAGAUCUAAGACCGGGACAGGUUUACAAUGUGACUAUCGCCGCAGGAAGCUUCAGGAAUCAAGAUUUAGUCCCAAAAUACACUUUGAUUUCUAUGGAUUCUGCAGAACUGCGAAUUUCAACCAUCUACAAGGAUUCGAGCUCUGUUUUACUGCAAGCAAAUGUGAACUCAUCUGACCCUACUGUGUCAUUUCAAGGAGUCAGGUGCUUCAAUGUGAACACUAGAGAAAACUGCAUUGACAAUGUUGAAGUUUAUUCCAAUAGUGGACAGUCAGCUAUUAUCAGUUUGAGUAAUCUACGACAAGGACAUGUUUACAAUGUGACUAUCGCCGCGGGAAGCCUCAGAAAUCAGGAUUUACUCGCAAAUUACACUCUGAUUUUUUUGGAUUCUUCAGAGCUGCGAAUUUCAACCAUCUACCAGGAUUCGAAUUUUGUUUUACUUCAAGCAAACGUGACUUCAUCUGACCCUGACCUGUCAGUUCUUAAAGUGAGCUGUGUUAAUGUGAAAAUUCGUGAAAACUGCAGUGAUAAUGUCGAAGUAUAUUCCACCGAUAACAAUGGAAAGUCUGUUACUAUCAGUUUGAGUCAUUUGCAACCGGAAGAACUUUACAGCGUAACUUUUGCCGCUGGAAACAAAAAAGUUGAGGAUUUGGUCUCAAAUAAUACUCUGGUUUGUACGGACCCUUCAAAAAACAUAGACUGGUUUUCACAGUCACAAAUUGAUGGAACAAACUUGAAGUUGCCUGUUUAUGCUGACAACUAUGAGAUAACUUUGGUCCCAACCUUCUGCAUUCACAACAAAACUCUUGUUCAUUCUCACGGGGCUGCCCCUACUAUCUACAAUAUGGAGAAAGGAUGCGAGUAUAGAGUGUAUUACGCAGCCAGAUGUAAACUACCAACCGGGGGCAUUCUAAACUCACAAUUCGUGUCCUACAACGAAUCUUUCUGUACAGAGCCUGAACUACCAACCGUCUUCAGCUCACUGGCAGAUUUUAAAAUAACCGAGACCACACUAGAGAUAAAUGGAUUCGGAGUGCCCUCAGGGCAAUACAGUUACAUUGCGUUCAAGCCUCUUAAUCAAGCGAACUGUGGAAAACCAAUCAUCGGGAACUUGACCAGAGGAGAGACUGAUCUUAAGAGGAAAGACUUGGUGCCCGGCUGUGACUACCAUCUGAGAUAUUCUGCCGUCUGUCGUGCUGAUACAGGCUCAGUUGAGUCGGCUAUAAACUAUUUGGACAUUUGCACAAUUCCUCGUGAAAUCGAUGUCUCAACUGUUUCCAACACUGCAUAUUUCAACUCAAUUCGCAUUACCGGACAUUAUGAUGUCAAAGCAGUGGAGGGCUACGUGUACCGGUUCAAGGUCAAAUCAGUUACUCCUAAUGGGAUUUAUGAUGUGAAUCCACCUCAGAAGAGCGAGAACAACCUGUAUGUGUCUCAGCUGUCACCAGCGACAAAAUACGAGUUCGAACUUGUUAAUCAGAAUUGGUGCAACGAAGAAUCGAAGCUGAGCGUCAAAUACACCGUCUGCACGCUGCCUGCAGCUCCCAACAAAUCGUCAAUUCAAGUUGAAUCCGAUUUGAGGAGCCUGACUAUCAAAGGAACAGCAUCCAAUGUCCAGGCAAUCACCGGGCCUCUUGACGCAUACAGGAUAACCUACUUUAAUAGUAGGUAUUAUUCGGAUGACACCUUCGAAGCCGACAAAAAUGCUGAUUUAGAGCUUUCUGGACUAGAGUCGGGAACUAAAUACGAGAUUCAAUUAAAAACUGUCGUGGAACCUGUUGAAGACUGUGGAAUCCAAGUGUCCUCGGAACAAACAUAUCUCCAGGUCUGCACAAAAGUAGCUGGUGUCCUUGACUCUUUGACCUUGAGUGACUCUACUGCGACUUCACUUACCAUCAGUGGAUUUGGAGUGACCUCUGGCAACUUCCGUAGGCUAAACAUCACGCUUCGAGGAUCGUGUGCGGACGACAAAUCAACCCAUCACAAAAUCUACACUGACUACUAUGACUACGAUGACUCAAAGUCUCACACCGUGAAAUUUCAUUAUCUGGAAGCGGCAUGCCACUACUAUGUGUCUUACUACGCUACAUGUGAGGCUGAUAACAAAGAGUAUUCAACCCGAAGUGUCGAAACUGUUUUCACAACUGCUCGCGAGUCUCCUCUGUUCGCUGUAGAACCUGUUGCUUCGAAGUAUAUUGGCGAGGACAUUUACCAAUAUCCAAUUAACGAAGAUGACAAUGAAGGCAAAUUCAACCACUGGCUGUUGGUUGUUGUUGGCAUCGGAGUACCUGUUGUUGUAGUGGUCAUCUUUCUUUUUGUCGGGAGAGAAAUCAAAGCGUCGAGAUCGAAAGCUUCGUCACGACAAAACCCUCCUGGAAUUCGUGUUGACUUCUCCGCCGCCAGCAAGUCGGUUGACAUCGAGGUUGGUAACAAACAGAACAGCGUCGACUUCAAUGCAACGACCCUCCCCCCUGCUGAGUACUCCUCCGAGCAAACCACUGACGACCGAGAGGAGUUGAUACCAGAAGAUGUGCAAAUCAAUGGAAAGCCAAGUGAACAAUCUCCUCCAAGCACCCGCCCCCUCACCGACCAAGUGAACUAUCCCCCCUCCCCUCACCGACCAAAGAUUGUGCUGGGGCUAACUCGACUCAGAGAUUUCCUGGUUGAGAGCGUAGUGGUCUUGUUCUCCUUCUCAGUUUGUGAUCCCUUUAGGGUCAAACUACCUCCAAAAGAGCUACAGGCUCUGGUGCAAGUUGUGAUUGAUCAGAUAUUCGUUUAUUGUAUUUCAAAACUGGAAGAAUUGAAAAUGAGGACAAGAAUCGACACGAGAAAUUAUGAGCGACACGAAAGAUCUUAUGGACCUGAUCUCACCGAGUCUAGGAACAGCUCUUGGUACGAGAUAUAUCAACGCAUGGUGGGUUGCACUUUUGGACUAGAGGAUCCAGUGCUGGCUAUGUUUACCGUCGCGCUCCUUAAUGCAAUGGGAAGAAAAGACUGUGUUGUCCACACCACGGAAGUAGUAUCAAAGCUGGCCAUCGGGGAGUCCGAGUCCAGGGACUUGCAGUCCAGGACGAAGGCACUGGAGUUGUGCGUCUCCAGGGAACCCGUGGCCCUUCUGCAAGCUUCACAGCCUGAGGCGAGCUCCAGAAAUACCAAACCAGACUCUUCGGACAAGAACCUGGCUUCUCAGUCUGAAGAAACAUUUUAG